CUCGGGGGCCCCAUUUUAUGGCAAUAAAGCGACUUAGCGCCUGCUGAGCGAGCCCCUCCCCGCCGCCGCCCCCGCCCUCGGCCCCACCCCGGGGCUCGCCCGCAGCGGCGGGGCUUUGUUUCUGGGGAGGAGGACCCGGAGCUCUUUUGUUUGGGGGUUUGGUGUUUUCACCCCCCCCACCUCACCUCACCCCACCCCACCCCACCCCCCACGCCUCUCCGGUUUCCUGAGCUGCGGGCUGCAAGGGAGGAGAAGCGGCGUCUUGCAACCCCCUCGGCUGGGCCCCGGGGUAAUUCGAUGCGGGCCUGGCGAGGCUCCCCACGCUAGACCGGGGCUCGCGUCUCGGCAGCCUCCACCCACCGGCCCACCCUACAUUUAGCGCAUCAUGUGAUCCGGGAUCAAUGUGACUCUGGAGACAAAUGGAUGAAUGAAUACCCAUAUGAAGAGGAAAACAAUAAAGAAUAUCAACACCUUUGAGAACAGAAUGUUAAUGCUUGAUGGGAUGCCGUCAGUCAGAGUCAAAACAGAGCUUUUGGAAUCUGAACAAGGGGUAAAUAAAUUCACUCCUAGAAAAUUUUAAUGAUGAUACCAAGACGGCACAGCUAGUAAGUGACAGGUCUCCAAACGUCCACAACUACCCCGAUAUGGAAGCUGUUCCCCUGUUGCUAAAUAAUGUGAAAGGGGAGCCGCCGGAGGACUCGUUAUCUGUAGAUCACUUCCAAACACAAACUGAGCCAGUGGACUUGUCGAUCAACAAAGCCAGGACAUCCCCCACAGCCGUUUCAUCCUCCCCAGUUUCCAUGACAGCAUCUGCCUCCUCGCCUUCUUCAACUUCAACCUCUUCAUCGUCUUCUAGUCGUCCAGCCUCAUCCCCAACUGUUAUAACAUCCGUAUCUUCAGCAUCAUCUUCGUCAACAGUAUUAACUCCAGGGCCCCUUGUCGCCUCUGCGUCUGGUGUGGGAGGCCAGCAGUUUUUGCACAUUAUCCAUCCUGUACCGCCUUCGAGUCCCAUGAAUUUACAGUCUAACAAACUGAGUCACGUUCACCGCAUCCCUGUGGUGGUACAGUCGGUGCCUGUUGUCUACACAGCUGUGCGGUCACCUGGAAAUGUGAACAACACUAUCGUAGUGCCGCUUUUGGAAGAUGGGAGAAGCCAUGGCAAAGCACAAAUGGACCCCCGAGGCCUAUCUCCCAGACAAAGUAAAAGUGACAGUGACGAUGAUGACCUGCCAAAUGUGACCUUAGAUAGCGUUAAUGAGACUGGAUCUACGGCCCUUUCCAUAGCCAGAGCAGUACAAGAAGUACAUCCGUCCCCAGUAUCAAGGGUCCGGGGAAAUCGAAUGAAUAAUCAGAAGUUUGCUUGUUCAAUUUCACCAUUUAGUAUUGAGAGCACAAGACGCCAGAGACGGUCUGAAUCCCCAGACUCCAGAAAACGGCGCAUCCACAGAUGUGACUUUGAGGGAUGCAACAAAGUAUACACAAAAAGUUCUCACCUGAAGGCUCACCGAAGGACACAUACAGGAGAGAAACCCUACAAGUGCACCUGGGAAGGCUGCACCUGGAAGUUCGCGCGCUCGGACGAACUGACAAGGCAUUACCGCAAACACACAGGAGUGAAGCCAUUCAAGUGCGCGGACUGUGAUCGCAGCUUUUCCCGGUCAGAUCAUUUGGCACUGCACCGCCGGAGGCACAUGCUGGUGUGAGGAAUGCUACCCGUCCAGCUGAGCGUAAGAGCUGGAUCUCUUAGCGGCACCCAAUUCAGCAGGGCUGAAUCCCCUUCACAGUGUUAACACAAAAGGGCAUCACCAUCCCACGAUGUCUGAAACCAGAGCAGGAAAAAGAAGUAACACUUCUCCUUUCGGUCUGAAGGUAACCCCCAUCACGACUACACCAGAAACGUCUUCUCGCUGGCCUGGGAGAUCCGUGACACAAAUGCUGAAGAGACAGGCAUUGUUUCCCGUGCUGUGUACUCUGCCAUUUCAAGAUGUUUGUAGCUUGUACGUUUUCUGAGCUGUCAGACGUUUUGUUAUCGAUACCGUAAAGGUCGUCUACCACAAAUUGAUGGCUAGCGCAAGACCUUUUAAAUUUGGAUUCUUCUCCCGUCAUCCCACCCCUUACCCUCUUUUUACUGAAAUUUUAGUUACUGUCUCAGUAAGAUAGAACACACAUCCAAUCUGUUACCAGCAAGCAGCAUGAAAGUAGAGAAGAAGAAGCCUGUUGGAGAGGUUCCAUUACCUGAAAAUAAAGGGGCGCUCAGGCAGCCCUUUGCAAUAGUGAUGACGGCAACUAGAUAUCACCCGCAACUUGUCAUUCUGCCAUGCCCUGAAGAAAACCAACAUUGAAUCUCUCAUUUGUUUGUCGUUGAUUGUUUUUGUUUUGUUUUGAUUCUGUUUUGUUCAUCUGUUCGAGCAGAGGGGCAGCGACAUUUCAGUUGGAGCCUAGUCUCGGUGUCUGCCCUGGCAUGGACUGGCACAGAGGUGUUCUGUAGUUGAAUAGGAAGAGCCUGUCUAAAAAACUACUGCCCCACUUCAAAUUGCAGUGUUCUGUCACCUAGGCAUCAUCUCUUCCUGCCCCUAGUAUUUGAUUACAAGGAAUCAGGGGGAAAAAAAAAACAACAAACUUUCUUAGACACACUGGCACCAAGGUAAGAGGUGGGGCUGCUCAGGCAAAGUCAGUGAACAUGAAAAAUCAGACAAAGCAGAGAUGGAAUAAUGCGCCUCUUGAGGAGAAAAGCAAUAAUGAAUAAAAGGACUUUCCUACAAUAACUUCACUGAGGACUCACGUUACCAAUUUUCAUACUUACUAAAGGGAUUGUAAAAAACACCCUAGCAUUUUAGAUGUCUUGGUUACAUUUAGAGCCCUGAGGUAAUCUUUCUGCUGUUUGUUGUCCUGCUUGGUUAAGUACCACAAUUAAAGAUUAUGCUCCCCUUUUCUUGUUUGAAAACAGUUAUUUGGUGACGAGAAAGGCCAAGGAGGCAUAGCAGGGAGUUAACCCUUGGGUUAAUGGGUCAGUUCUCCUUGGAACCGAGUCAGUGGAAAGGGAGCGCUCCCCGAGGAAAGCCUGACAUGGUGCUAGUUUCCUCACUUGGAGAGCCAAGGCCAAGUGACUCUCCAAUAGGUUCUUCUAUAUAGACUUCAUUUUCUAAACUGUAUCAGAACCCAGGGGUUCUGCGCUGGCAUCUACAGGGAUGUUGAACCCACUCAUCCUGUGCUGAGGGUGAGAGGAAGGAGAUGAUCAUCCCGUCAGCCCCCUAAACUCACGAGCCUUUCUUGCAGCUAGCGAAGUACACAGGAAACAAAGCAAUACAUCACCAACAAGCAUUCUUUCAGAAAAAUUAUCGUAUUUUGUUUCUCCACUAAAAGCUGGGUUGGAUUUUUUUUUUUUUUUUUCAGCUUUAUGUGGCUAAGGGGCUUGGUGAAGUUUUUUUGUUAUUGUUGUUGUUGUUGUUGUUAAGAUUUUUUAUAGCUUAGAUAUAAAAGGUUGCCAGCAUAGGCCUUUGCAAUAUAUUUUAAUCACCAACACUUGAUUUGGGGAAUUGCACAAAUUAACCUCACAAUAUUCCUAGCUCAUGUUUAAAUGUUUGAACAUUCUGAAAUAAUUUCCGGUUGUAGAACUAUCCUUUUUGGGAUCAUCUUCUUACUCAGAGAAACUUUAAUGAUGAAGCAAGAACUAUAAACAUUGAAACAAGGACAAUUCGUGUUGGAUGGUAUUAAAAGGAAUUUGUUUUAAAUGUUCAAGCAACAGCAUAAUGAUUUUCAGGUCAAAUUCUGUCUUCAAAAAUACGUGCUCUGCAUUUUCUGCCAGGUCUGAAAAAUUCAUCAGGCAAUUUCCUUCGAACAAGGGCUGCGAUUCUGUUGAUAAACAGCUCCUUUUGCUACACAAUCUUACUACCCACCAAGCAUUGGGUUUUUUGGUUGUUUUUUGGGUUUUUUUUUUUUUUCCUCCUCUUUCGUUCUUUUUUUUCUUUUCUUUUCUUUUUUUUUUUUUUUUACCAACUGGAAAGUUUUUUUUUUUGUUUUUUUUUUCUUAUCUGUACUUUAUACAAUUCCUACUUCUCAUUGCUUGUGACCAUUUUGGAUAGAAAAAGGUUUCUUGCUACACACCGGCGUUGGUUACUGGUCAGUGGCAAAGAACACAGAGAGUGGCCAGCAUGGCCUGUGAUGUCCUCACUGCCAGUCCUAGAACCUGGUUGGCUGUUAGUAGGUGAAUCGCCCGGGCGCAGUGUAGACUUGAUUUCACUCUGCCCACUCUCAUAAGAGGGGCAAUCUUUUCUCUGCGGAGAGAUAUCUUGAGAGUGUUACAAGUAGAAAUGGUUUUUAGAAUUUGUAGAACUGACAGGCAGUGGGAGCUUCCUGAGUGACAGCUUGACUUAAAUUUAGCACAGAACUAAAUGAGCUGCUCCUCUCUGAUCACAUCGGAAAGGUUCAGGGAAGUGAGCUUUUUCUCCACCCUCUGAAAGUAGAAACCAGACUGAGAUGGAGAUGGUAAGUUAACUGAUAAAACCUGUCAGCAUUAUGACAUUUCCCCCUUUCGACAUAAUCGAUACUUCUAAAGAGAGAUCCGAGCACAAGCAGUGAGUGAGUUGCUGAUCUCCCCCUCAGGACGGAAACUUACUUGGGGCUCAUCCCGGGACACAGCAAAUUCUUCCUGGUGAGUUUCCUACCAGUGUUUCCCCAUGGAAAGGAAAGUGAUUUGGGAGAGAAGGAAUUGGAUUUUUAAGUAGGAAUAUCUUCAGGCAUGGAAAAGCCUCCUCCAUUUCAUCUAUAUCCAUUCUAGCCUCUUUUAAAAAGCACAGUAGUAGACGAUGAGCAACAGACAAGGGGCAGAAUCCAAAGGAUUUGUCAGUUGCCUAACUAGAAGCAUUCUUUGGUUUUAAAUUUGGAGCUGUUCAGUUUGCAGUUGGACACAUGUGCGUGUUUGAGAACUACACAGACAGCUGGAGUGGCUUGAGGAGCUGUAGUAGACUUGACUAUCUCUUUGUGGUGUCGAGAUGGGAGCUCAAGAGACUUAACAUUAUUUGAAAGAGUUACAAGUUCCUCAGAGGUUUUAAUAGAUGCCCUCCCCAUAUUCUGAUCAUAAGUUGUUAGGAAAAAGAUUCACGCUUCCCUAUCCACCUCCAGCCCCAUCCUGUCAAUUAUGUGUAGACUCUGAGAAGCCUGCUUGAUAACUUUUCUUAAGUUGUAUUAAGACAUGUAGAUGAAAAUCCCUAAUGGCUUUCCCAUAAAGAAUGUACUACUGCCUGGCAUUACUUCGACAAAACACUAUAGGACAUUGAUUUGCAAAAGCAGUUGACAAUAACGCAAACUGCAUUUUUAAAAAGAGCACUUUUUAUUCACUUUAAGUGGAAAAUAGGAGGGGAAAUUGUGAGGUGGGGAGAAAACCUUACAAAAUGCUACAGUGUUUACAAAUGCCAGUACUAGGGGAUGAGAAAGGCCAUUCUCACUCUGGUUGAAAUUUGGAACAGCUUAUACAAAGAUGGUGUUCAUUUUUAUACAACUUUUUUUAAAACUUCAAACUUUGCCAUUUCUGUUUUAAACGUAAAUCUAAUUCUGCACUUUGAAAUCAGUUCAUUAGAAUAACAUGUAUAUGGAUAAAGAUGCAGUAUUCCUUAUUCUGUACUUUAUUUAUUUAUACUUACCAAAGCUGCAAAUGAAUAAAUCUGGUGAGGUGAGGCCUUCAAAUGUAUUCCUACGCCUUUGUUAUGUUGUUAUGACUGCUAAGAAAUGUAGCCAUGAUAUUGUUAGAAAGGUGUCUUAACAUUUAUAGCGAGGAUUGACAGAAUUUAAGCAGUGUUAAGAACACCAGCACCCAUAAUACACUGAGCUAUAGUCUUCAUGUAAGGGACUGAAUGAGAGAGAACUCUCAUGCGUCCUUUUGGGCCCAGGAAGCCUUAAUACUCAUACUGCAUAGUCCCGUCUCAGAUUUUGCUCUGUACUCACGCCUGUAAAUCUAGGAGGUUCUAUGUAUUCUGUAACUUCGUUGACCAAAUCUCUUCCUUCAGUUUUUCUGAGGUAGUGCAUCUCAUUCAAAAAUCUUUCCAUUCAAUAUGCUUUUGUUCUGAAAAGGGGUUCGGUAAGUCACGUCUUCCAUAUUACAUUUCUACUUACCCCCACACUGCCUUCCACUUACCUGUACAGGCACCCCCACCACAUACACACCUGUAUAUGCAGCAGCCAGUGGGCUCGUAAAUAUCAACAAAGAACUUUUUUAAAAGAAUGAAUUUGUAAUAAUCCAUGCUGUCUAGAAAUGUAAGUUAUUUACCUUAUUAGGGAAUCAGCUUAUAAUGCUAUGUAUGACUUUGCCUGCAUUUUAUAGUCAAGAAGUGUACAUAAAAAUUAAAAAUGCUAUAUUUUCACAGUUUCA